AUGGAGCCGCAAAUCCCCCAGGUUUUCCAAGGUUUUAACACCUUCCACUGUGGCCAUGGCCGUGAUAACUUUGAACCUCGAGGACUUGAAAGCCUCGCUGCCGCCGAGAAUUCAAACGGGAAUGUGCUGGCCACGCUCGAGGGGCGGAUCUCGAAAGCAUCGUUACAAGUAGCCGAGGUCGUGGCCCAGGUGGAUAGCAAGUUCAUCCUGACCAAAGUGGGAGCGGACAUCCAGCCGGGUCCGCCAGGCGGCGCCUCGGAAUCAGACCCCCUGCUUAUCCUCAUCGACCAACACGCCGCGGAUGAGAGAUGCAAAGUUGAGAACCUGCUAAAGGCUUACUUCGUUUCCAGCCCAGCGUCCACAGGCCAGUUAGUGGCCCAAACCCAAAAUUUGGACAAACCACUUCGCUUUGACCUGUCUAAGCAGGAUGGCGACCUUCUUGUCCGGUUUAAGAAGCAUUUUGCACACUGGGGCGUUGUUUACGAAACUUUACACGAACGAUCGCCCCACGUCACGGUCGAGGUUCAAAGCUUGCCGCCGAGUAUUGUGGAAAGAUGCCGUUUGGAACCCCGGCUGCUGAUCGAUUUGCUCCGGAAAGAGGUAUGGAAGCUCCAUGAGACAGGCAGCAGUGGGGCGAGGAAACAGGCGGACAAAAACCGCGACGAUGACGACUGGGUGGCAAGGUUUCAUGACUGCCCCAACGGUAUCAUGGAAUUGAUCAACUCCAGAGCCUGCAGAAGUGCGAUCAUGUUCAACGAUCCGCUCACGACAGAACAAAGCUCAAAGCUCGAGGACUAG